CAAAAGAAGGAAGUGAAGGCUGUCUUUAAAGCAGUGUCUUCUGCCACAGCAUUUUCCAAGGGUGCACAGUCACGACAAAUCUCCCUGUGACCAUGGCAAGUGUGGGUACGGAUAGUCAGCCACAAAGUCCAGAGACUCAGCUGGUGGUGGCUUCUGUAAUCUUCGGUGUUUGUUUUCUGGUUGGCGCUCCUGGGAAUCUGUUUGUGAUCUGGACCAUCCUGAAGCAUGUCAAGCAGCGCUCUCACACGGUCAUUCUCAUCCUCCAUCUGGCCGUUGCGGAUCUCAUGGUGCUCAUCACCCUGCCCCUGUGGAUCUACUCCUUCGCUCACGCCUGGAUCUUUGGGCUGGUCACAUGUAAGGCCGUGGUCUAUCUUGUCAAUGCUUGCAUGUACAGCAGUGUGUUUUUCAUUACUAUUAUGAGUGUGGAGCGCUUUUUGGCUGUUCGUUACCCCUUUGCCUCAGCUGGCUGGAGAAGAAAACAAGCACUUCAUAAGCUACUGUUUGGUGUCUGGGGAACGGCCUUUCUCUUCAGCAUCCCGGUGAUUCUCACGCAAACGCUGGGUGAUCAAACAGACCAAUGUACAUUUAAGGACUACAAGUCUGAGACUGAAGAAAUCAUAUUUAUGCUGCUGGAGACCAUUGUGGGCUUUGUCGCUCCACUUACUAUUUUGGUGGUUUGUUAUGGGUGUCUGUAUAGCCGCAUUGCGCAGAUGAACUUCAAAUCCAAGCGCAAGUCAACAGGUCUCAUUGCAGCGGUGGUUGCUGCGUUUGUCAUCUGUUGGACUCCCCAUCAUAUCUGCAAUAUACUCUCCCUGAUUUACAUUGGCAUCAAAGCAUCUCAUAAAGAGGCGGCCGACCGUUUGGAUGAGGUUAGAGAGACCAUGAUGUAUUUUGCGGCGGCCUUAGCGUUUGUCAGCAGCACUAUUAACCCAGUGCUAUAUGUCUUUGCUGCGCGGUCAUUUCGAAGUUCACUGCGCGACACGGGGAUACAGAAGCUUUUCCGCCACAUCUCCAGCACAGCUACUGGUGAGGGGAAUAGAGACUUAUGUUUCACAUCCAAGAGGCAGAGCUCUCACACUCUGUCUUCAGAGUGUUAUACAGAAUCAAAAGCUCAAGUAGACCUCCCGGACAUCUGUGUGUAACCAGGCCUCAGUUUUACUGUUCUGCAUUUGUUAAACACUUUUAUUGAGAAUUUAUAACAUGUAUGCAUAGGGAAGUAUCAUUUAUAUGCUGUAUUGGAACUGAUUAUAAUGCAUUUUAAUGUACAAUAUUUGUAAUGAAAUUUGGAAAAUAAUGUACUGUAUUUUUGUAUUUUGUUUAUAUGUUUACUCUUUUUGAAGCCUACUGUUUUGUAUUUUUACAAACCAACAUUAUAUAUAUUGAAUUUCAUAAUAAAGUGACAGUCAUAAUAACUCAUUACAAGAAAAACAGAAGUACACAGGUUUAUAAAUGACCUUCGGCCUUCAUAUUCAUUUUAGGAAUCAUCCCAAAAUAAUAGUAAAAAGCUUUUGAAAUGGUAGUACUAUUAAACCACCAAAUUAUAUCAACAAAUUAAGCACUUAAAAUUGAGAUAUUUUUUUUAAUGUUUGUGAUUUUGAACCCGAAGACUAAAUAUUGUACUUGUAGUCUUUUUAGAAUGGCAUACAGUAUACUUCUAGUUCAGCAUAUAGCAGUGUAGUGCUUUUGAAUCAUUUUAACAGCAACAGGUUUAGUAUAAAUAGUUGUGAGAGCACUGAGGAUUCAACCAUGGUUGAUAUUACAAACAGCUGACACAGGGCUUUUAAAUGUGCGUUGGUGCAAGCUUUUUGUGCACCUCACUUGCGUGUCCUGAGACACAUCUGCUCUCCAUGGAUUUCACAAUUACUGUUGCGUGUACAUGUGUGUGAAAAGAGGAAAUGAAUCCUCAUGUUGUGCUGCUUUUUGUUGGAGUUGCUAAGACAAAUGUGAGUUCAUUAUUGUGGAACAUUGUGUAAUUUAAGCUACCUUCCGUUUUCAUUUUUAUUCAUUUUACGAUGUCUGUGUUGUUACUUCUGUUAUCCUUAAAAUGAGAAAGCCUUUAAACAACUUAA